CUGACGGACUGACUGAGAGCGGAGCGAGCUAGAGGAGCUCUGGAGGCGACUCGGACCCGGCACCGGGAUUCCGGGGGCGACGGUCAGGGGCAGGGGCCGAAGAAAAGGGCUUCUGGCUGGACGAGGGUCUGCCGGCCGCGGCUCCCGCUCCUCCUUCUCAUCCUUCUCCUCCUCCGGCGGCCGCCCUCGCUCCCUGCCUCCCCCCGCCCCAUGGGGUAACAGAUGAAACUGAGGCUCAAAGAAGUUAAGGGAUCUACUAGCUAUGUGACCAUUGGCAAAUAUCAGAGCUGAAUCCAGGUCUCCUGAUUCCAAGUUGAGUGUUCUUACCACUUCAGCAGACUGCCUCAUUUCAUACCAAGACAUUUUGAAGAACUCUUCAGAGACUAUUAGUAGGAGCAUUUUUCCUCGAUGCAUUAAAAAAUGUAUUAUACUACUGUGACACACUGAGACAGCUAAAGAAACAAUUUUCAACAUUGGUCUUAUAGAAGAAAAAACAGAUUUCCAAAUGAAUAACAGAAAGGAAGAUAUGGAGAUUGCCUCUCAUUACCGUCAUCUUCUUCGUGAACUCAAUGAGCAGAGACAGCAUGGAAUCCUUUGUGAUGUUUGCAUUAUAGUAGAGGGGAAGAUUUUUAAAGCUCACAAAAAUGUUUUGCUUGGGAGCAGCCGCUACUUCAAAACGCUAUACUGCCAGGUACAGAAGACUUCUGAUCAGGCUACAGUUACUCAUUUAGACAUUGUCACUGCACAGGGCUUUAAAGCCAUCAUUGACUUCAUGUACUCUGCUCACCUUGCUUUAACCAGCAGGAAUGUUAUUGAAGUGAUGUCAGCUGCUAGUUAUCUUCAGAUGACGGAUAUUGUGCAAGCCUGUCAUAAUUUUAUAAAAGCAGCUCUUGAUAUAAGUAUAAAGUCUGAUGCAUCUGAUGAACUUGCAGACUAUGAAAUUGGGGCUCCUUCCAGCAGUAGUACUGAUGCAUUGAUUUCAGCGGUAGUAGCUGGUAGGAGUAUUUCUCCAUGGUUAGCUCGACGAACAAGUCCAGCAAAUUCCUCUGGAGAUUCAGCCAUUGCCAGUUGUCAUGAAGGAGGAAGCAGCUAUGGGAAAGAGGAUCAGGAACCAAAAACAGAUAGCCAUGAUGACAUUUCAUCACAAUCUUUGUGGACUAGUGACAUAGGAUAUGGGUCUUUACGUAUUAAAGAAGAACAAAUUUCACCAUCACAUUAUGGUGGAAAUGAAUUGCGUACUGUCAAGGAUAGUUCAGUACAGAACACUUUCUCAGAACAAAGCAUAGGGGAUGGUUGGCAGCCCACAGGCCGUAGGAAGAAUCGAAAAAACAAAGAAACUGUACGUCAUAUUACCCAGCAGGUAGAGGAUGACAGCCGGGCAAGUUCUCCAGUGCCAUCUUUUUUAUCUGCUUCAGGAUGGCCAUAUAACAAUCGUGACCCAAGUGCUGACUUGACGGUGACAGAACCCAGCAGCUCUGAUAGCCGAGGGGAGAGAGCUGACCUCUAUGCAAAUGCUGAUGAGGCCCUUCUUGGAGGAGAAGCUAGCUACCUAUCUCAGCCCCUCACCCCAGAGAAGGAAGAUGUACUGCACCAGGCUACAGCUGUUGCUAAUUUACGGGCAGCUCUCAUGAGUAAGAACAGCUUGCUGUCUCUCAAAGCAGAUAUGCUAGGAGAUGAUAGCUCUCUGCUGUUUGAAUACUUGCCCAAAGGCACACAUUCAUUAUCUCCCUUGUCAGCACUGACUAUGGGCCUUAGUCCUGGAGCGGAAUUUGAACCCACAACCAUCAGGCCCGGAUUAAAUGAAUUCACGGUGAUUAGAAAGAAGUUCAAGUGCCCAUAUUGCAGUUUCUCAGCUAUGCACCAGUGUAUCUUGAAGAGACACAUGCGAUCCCAUACAGGCGAGAGGCCUUACCCAUGCGAGAUCUGUGGGAAAAAAUUUACCCGGCGGGAGCACAUGAAGCGGCACACACUGGUUCACAGUAAAGACAAAAAAUAUGUGUGCAAAGUGUGUAACCGAGUAUUUAUGUCUGCGGCUAGUGUGGGAAUCAAACAUGGUUCCCGCCGCCAUGGAGUGUGCACCGAUUGCUCAGGCCAAGGCAUCCCUGGACACUUGGAUCAGAAUGGAGGAGAAGGUUCUCCAGAUGAAAUGUACCCUGGAGAAAGUCAGUAUAUGGAGGAUCCCGAUGACAUCAAAGUGGAGGGUGACGAGGAGUUAGGUGAUGACGAUGAAAUCAAGUGGAAAGAUGAUGUUGGUAUUUCCCAGGAUGAUGUGAUUUUAGAAGAUGACAAAGAGGACGUUGACUCCCCCCAGGAACAUGAGAAUUCUGGGGAACAUGACAAGGAUUUUACCUGGAUUUCGUAGGGAACUGUUUUUUGGGGUCAAGGGGAGGGGAGGGAGGAAAGAAGGAAGGAGAGUGUGGAAAAGCAAAGAAGCCUUGUUGUUGUCCACGUGUGUAAGUUUUGUUUGUUUUUGUUUUAUUUCAACAAAUGUAAGUCCUUUAACUGUUUAAUUCAGCUAUUAGUUAAGGCCACUUUGAGUGGCAAAUUUUAUCAUCCCUUCUCCCUACCUUCCCAGCUUCUUUCCCAUUACUUCUAGGGCUCCUUCUCUUCUCCCUCACCCCUUAAAUCUGCCUUUGCCUCAAUAUGGAAGCAAAUCCAAUUGCAUGCAAGUGACUUUAUUUCUGAAGAGAUGAGCUUUGUGAAUGGAGUGAGAAGUGGGGAAAGGGAAAUAUUUUUAAAGGCAUGUGCUUUUUUUUUUUUUUCCAAACUUUCUCUACCUUAAAUCAAACACCAAGGGAUAAGGGGAUGGCUUCUAUCCAAAGUAAUUAAUAAAAAUUCCAGCAGUAGUGAGUGUGCUUAUCAAUCCAUGUAAACCAACCAGUACAGAUGGCCUCCCCAACCCUUCUGUGUUCAUUUUGCAAGGCAAACCUGUAGUAACUGGUUUUUUUCUUUUUUUUUUUUUUGGUGGAGAAACUUGGCUAGCACAGUUACAACCUACACAAGUUUGGUUUUCUGGGGGUGGGGGUGGGUUUGGCUCUCCAGGGCCUGGGGUUACUAACCCCACUGUUUAUAGCUGUACCUAACUCUGUGUUCCAGAUACAGUGUGAUCUCCUAGGAGGUACAAAAUCAUUUCUGGCCUUGGAGUGAGAUCAGCCAGCUCUCGGUUGGUUUACAUGAAUCUGGUUCCCAUUCUCUUCUUUUACCUCCUGCCCUCCCUUUUGUAGGUAUAUGCAAAUUCUGACCAAUUGAAGACAUUUAAAAAAUGGAAACGAAAAUGGCUAGGAUGUCUAUCUUGACCUUUGUGGCUAACCUGCACCAUUCCAGCUCCAUGCUUCAAAGGAGAUUAAUCCUGGUACUUUGUUAACCAGAUAAGCCUACUCAGGGGCCAGUUUUGGUUCCUUCCAAACCUCUCUUUCCCAGCAGAGCCUGACUCCAGGCCCUGGAUGUCCCCUCUGUCUAAUGGAGAAGACUUUCCUCAGUUUUAUUCCAUGUGGUUGUCAGCUCACUCUUCCCUUCUCAGCCUGAUGCCUUCCUCUGACAAGUUUCAGAAAAUAAGUGUCCUGUUGUACAAGGAAGAAAGGCUCUGCUGAACCUCUCACCUCUGUGCUUUGGUGCUGAAAACAAAACAACACUCCAAGUUGAAGACCUCACUGUUUUUAUACAGCAUAAAUGGCAGCCGUGGGGCCAUCCUGAAACCUGCCACCAUAAUCCCGGUGUAACCCGGUAAGCCAAAUGAUUCAAAGGUGCUAUUUUCCAUAAUGGGAGAGGCAAAAUGCUUGUGAAAGUGUCAAAAGAUCUCAUGAUUUCAUUCAUUUAAAAUAGGCCUUCUUGGGCCAUGGGGAAGAUUUUCAAUCUAAUAGUGCUUGGGGAUUUUGACGGCUUCGUGCCAAGCAUCUCUUUUCAAGUGAGCAGGGUAAUGUGGAUGUCUCCACCUCACCCAUACUUGGAGAAGUGGCCCUUUGGGCUUCCUACCCUCAGCUCCAUGCCACCCUGUUAAUCCACAGCCACUCUUAGUUCCUCUUUGAAGAAGUGUUCAUCAGUUUUCCUACUCGUGCUUCCUUCUGGACCUCGGGCAAGCUUUGUGCAACACUGGGGCUCUAUCCACAGCAAGCCUGCAUUAUUGGGCUGAAGAGUUCCCUCAACUCGGGCUAGAGCUGCUAUCAGUUGACUUUGGUGGAAGGGGAUCACACGGGCUAAUCUUCUAAACCACUGCUACUGAUAGCCCCUAUUACUCUGAGCCAAAGUCUGGGAUCGCUUUCUUUAUUGCUGCUAACAUGAUGAAUUGACAAACCUAUCUGCAGUUUGCUGCUUAAACCUUCCAAAAUGGGUAACUAUGUUUUUUUGAGUAGUCAAGGAAUGAUGUUUGUAGUAGGCAUAUCAAACUGUUACGUUUGUGGUUGGUUGUUUUUCUUUGACAAAUCUGUACAAAGCUGUUUGGCAUUUAGUUUGUUGAAAAGCCAAUUGCUGAAUUUUUUUUUCAAAUGAAGCCACAAAUUGCACCUUUUUGCUUUUUUUUUUUUUUUUUUUUGAUAAGUGCAAAACACAAUCACUCAUCCUGUGCACUGUAUAAGAGUUCCAACUCAGCCCAAGCCCAGUGCUUCUUGGUCUCCUGAGCUGCAUAAGGUGGCUCUGCAUGGCAUCGUUUGCCUGGGAUCCUGUAAGUACAACUUCCUUUUCCCUAUUCUUCUAGAGGACAUCUGUUGCAUCCAGACCAAUGCAAACAGUACUUUUAAAAAUGGCUAUAUCGUGGCUUUUUCUAUAUUAAAGCUAUUUUUAAAAACACUUCGGUUUCUAAGACAUUCCACAACUUUCAUCCAACUUGACUUCAGUGUAGAGAUUUACUACCUUAAGCUAUUGUGUUUUAAGGGAUGAAAGUUGGAUCCUGGGCUGACUUUUGUUCCCUUCCUCUCUAGAGUGAACUUGAUUUUGUAUGAAGACUUUUGGGGGUGCUGAGCUUUACUUUGUGUUGAUUUAGAAGUGUUUUAUAUUGCUUUUUGUCUUUUUUUCCAUGGACAGUACAAACCUGUUCUAAUUGUGCCACUUCUAUGCUCUUUAGGCAAAGGAAGCAAAAAAAGAGAGAGAGAGAGAAAACCCACAAAAAGGCUAACUUGUUAUAGUUAUAAUGAUAAAAUGAUAUAGCACAUGCUUCUAUAUUACUAACACUGAGUAUAUAAACCAAAUAAAUCAUUCUUAUAUGUGAUAUAGACUUUAAGUGCGUUGUUUUUGAUGGAGGUGUGCAGAUUUGGAAAUGCAAAGAAUUCAGGUAUCAUUUUCUAAAAUAUUACCCCAUAGGGCAGAAAUCCUGGGUAUUUUUUAUGUAAAAUCAGUAAUAGUUUCUGUAAAGUAGAAGAGGGUACUCUCUAUACAACUUUAUCAGCUGCUUUAAUUAGGAGUGUAAAUAUCACUUAGUUGGAAACUCUGCUGUCCUUUAUUCAAACUAGAGUCUGUGAAGAAAAAUGGAGACUGAAGAUUUUUCUGUGAACAGGAAUAUGGAAUGAAAGGAACCAGGGGCUCCAUGGCCUGAACUCUUGGCAUCUAACUUGCAGCUUCUUCUCUUGCUCUGCGUUUGAAUUGGUGUUGUGUUUUCAUUUUUUGUUUUUUAAAUUUCUUUGAAGGGCUUAGUUUCUUUCCCUAUUUACCAGGAAUAGUCUUAGUACUAAGCUAAUUUUUUUCUUCUCUCAAGUUUGGCUUGAACUCAAGAAACUUAAUCACAUCUCACCUUUUGUACCUCUCUGAGAACUUUGAACCUUUCAUUGAAAGGUCCCUUUUUUAACUGCUUUUCUAAAUACAGACUUAGUUUCUUAGAAAAUACAUUUGGAAACAAGAUCUUUGCUACCAAUGGGAAUUUCCUGGUUCAGCCUUCUCAGUUUUGUAUCAAUUUCCCAGCCUCUUUCAGGUUGGGGUCUGCUCUAACCACCUUUUGAUAAAAUAUGAUGGCUGGGGACUGCCUCAUUUUCUGGUGGUCACUUUGCACAUAGCUGAGGAAUUCUUCUCCAGCUCCAAUUCUUUGUGUCUCUCCAAGCUCAGGAUACUUUGCUUUUCUGUGUUUUUAUUUUAUUUUAUUUUUUUAAAUACUGCUGAUUCUCUCCAAACUGCCCUUAGUAGCCUGUCUCUCGGGUUAGCCAUUUGUGCCGUAAUGUAUGAAAGGUUUUUUCCUCUUUUUUUUUUUUUUUUUAAAAGAAUAGUGAAUAGGUAAAUUUAGGUUCUGGAUUUCCCCUCCUGCCAAGUACCCUUAAAGUGUUUUUUGAAUAUAAAUUAGUGACUAAUAUAUGCAGUUUCCUAUUUGGAAUACUCUGAAUUUUUUUUUUUUUUUUAGUGAGGCAAUCGGGGGUUAAGUGACUUGCCCAAGGUCACACAGCUAGUACGUC